GCUGGGGAGAGAACAUAGUGGAGGCGAGAGAGUGUUCAGGAGAGAGGGAGUUAAGAGUGUGUUUCGGGGAGAGGGAGUAAGAGCGCGAUCGAGGGAGAGCUCGGAGAAGGCGGAGAGGAGACAGCUGCAGCAGCGGCGGCGGCGGCGGGGGCUUUUAGUCUGAGAUCAGAAACGAGGGAAUAAGGAACAGGGGUGGGUUGGUUGCUUUUUUGUGCGUGUGUUAGCGUCUUUCUUUCUUUCUUUUUAAUUUAUUUUCAUUUGUACGGUCCAGUGGCGCUCCGCUGAACAGAAAUUCCCUCGCCAAGCCCGGACCUCGCUUCCAGGGACAGGCGGUUCUCGCUGUCAAUUGUGUUGCCAAAGGAGUAGGUGCGAUCCUCCAGAGUGUCUUAAGCCUGGAUUGAGGGAAGCGAAGGAUAGGGACAGAGACAGGGAGCUAGCGCAGACUGGGGAUAGCGGCGACUGGGUGGGGGGGUAUUCUUCUUGCCCUCUCUUUUGCCCUCCCGGGUCACCUCUUCUUGGCCGAGGCCAGAAUCCGCUCGCAGAAGGGCGCGCACCAUGAAAGCCGUGAGUCCCGUCCGCCCCUCGGGCCGGAAGGCGCCGUCGGGCUGCGGCGGGGAGCUGGCGUUGCGCUGCCUGGCUGAGCACAGCCACAGCUUGGGAGGUUCGGCUGCUGCUGUGGCUGCGGCGGCGGCGGCGCGCUGCAAGGCGGCCGAGGCGGCCGCGGAGGAGCCGUCUCUGUGCCUGCAGUGCGAUAUGAAUGACUGUUACAGCCGCCUCAAGAAACUGGUGCCCACCAUCCCGCCCAACAAGAAAGUCAGCAAAGUGGAGAUCCUGCAGCACGUUAUCGACUACAUCCUGGACCUGCAGCUGGCGCUGGAGACGCACCCGGCUCUGCUGAGGCAGCAGCCGCCGCCGCCGCCGCCGCUGCAUCACCCCUCCUCCGGGAGCUGUCCCGCCGGACCCCCCCGGACCCCUCUCACAGCCCUCAACACUGACCCGGCUGGUGCUGUUAACAAACAAGGGGACAGUAUUUUGUGCCGCUGAACUACACUCUUGAGGUGUGCAGCAGGCAGAGCCAGAGGAGCACAGAGAGAGACAAAUUAGAGAGGGAGGGGGAAAAAGGAAAAAAAAUCAGCCAUCAGAGGAAAGGAAAAAAAAUCAGCAAACCCUAGAAUCCUUUUCAUGGUCAUUCCAAGAAAAAACAAAAACUUUCACCCUUUUUUGCACGUUCAUAAGCAUUUAAACAUGAUAUCUGUUUUGUCUCUUCAUUUAUAGCAGCUGUGAAUUGUACAUUUCUGUGUUUUUUGGAGGUGGGGUUAAACUUUUGAGCAGAAAGUGUGACUGGACUGAUGAAUAGAAGACCAAGAGUAAAUCAAACUUUAGCAGUAUACUUUGUGACCAAGGAGCUGAAUUUUUCUUUUGAAGCUUUACUAAUCUACCAGAGCAUUGUAGAUAUUUUUUGACAUCUAUUGUUUAAAAUAGAUGAUUAUAUUGGGGCCAGGGAACUUUCUUCUCCCUGUGAGAAUGUUACAUAUUGUAUAGAUAACUGAGUGACAUUUCAUACUGUGUAUAUAUAGAGAUGUUCUAUAAGUGUGAGAAAAGUAUAUGCUUUAAUAGACUACUGUAAUUAUAAAAUAUUUUUAAUUAAAUAUUUUUUGUAAAUAUUA